AUGGCACGACUACUUUUCGUCGUAUCGUUCGCCGUCCUGCUUGCGGUGGCGUCCGCAGGACAAACCGUCGUGACGGGACCUAACAAUCCGGCAGUCUCUCUAGAAAAGGCCAAGGGCGAUAAUGGCGUGGCGACUAACGUCCCUGCUAGCGUCGAGAAGGCGGCGGCUGCGGGCAACCUGGAUUCCCUGCAGGGCACGACGAUCGUGAGCCCGAGCACGGACAGCAUGCUGAUGGUGGACGUGAAGCAGGCCGGAUGGAACAAGAUGAAGUGCCACAAGGACCUGGGCAAACCCGGGGACGGCGCUUGCACUCCCGCCAACUGCAGCAAGGGCGGCAUCCCCGCCAAGUGGAAGACGUCGAACCUGCUCAAGAACAAGCUGGGCGUGGAGGUGUACGUGAAGGGCAACCCGCUGACGCUCAAGAAGGCGUCCCCGCAGACGUGCUGCAACACGUGCGCGAGUUUCAGCAGCUGCACGUAUUGGCAGUACAUUCCCGAUAUUACCAUCGACGGCAAAAAGUCGGACGGCGCGUGUUACCUGGUGCACGACAACAUCGACUACACGUGCGGCGAGCUGACGGCGCAGUACGCGACGGACUCGAAGCCGCUGGCUCUGCAGUCGAGCUCCGUGCUGUCCGUGGACUGCGCGCAAACCGAGUAUCACCGCGCCAAGCAGCUCAGCCCCGUCGAGGAGUUCCCAAGGGAGCCCCUCAACUAA